AUGGCACAGUCCGCCAUCACCGAAGACACAUUACGGGCCGCUCUGGUCGAGCGGCUCCAGGCGACACAUGUUGAGAUUCAGGAUAUGUCGGGAGGCUGCGGCCAAGCCUUCACCUCCCUCAUAAUCUCCCCCCAAUUCACCGGCAAAACCUCCCUCAAGCGACACCGACUCGUCAAUACCGCACUGCGCGACGAGAUAGCCCAGAUCCAUGCGUGGAGUGCGAGGUGUCAGACGCCGGAAGAGUAUGCGAGGGAUAAGCAGAAGGAAGAGAGUAGUAGUGAAGGGGUGGAGGGGCCGCCUUUGGAUGGGACUGAGGGGGGGAGGGUGGAGGGGACGACGGCGUAG